AUGCAACGACUCACGCGGUUCGUUCGAGAGAGGGACCAUAUGCUCGGCAAGGUACGAUGGCAGAUUGUAAAAAAGGCAAAUGAAGAACAAAGUAUCUUCCAUUCUGAUAUGAAUGCUAAUAGAUUGAUGCAUUAG